AUGAUAACAGUGUUGAGUAUUGAUGGAGGUCGCAUUAGAGGCAUUAUUCCUGGCACCCUUCUUGCUUAUCUUGAAGCCAAGCUACAGGAAUUAGAUGGACCAGGUGCAAGAAUUGCAGAUUAUUUUGAUGUAAUAGCACGAACAAGCACAGGGGGUCUAAUUACCAGUAUGCUAACUGCUUCUAGUAAGGAUAAUCACCCUUUAUAUGCGGCAAACAACAUUACCAGUUUCUACUUGGAGCAUGGCUCUAGAUUUUCCAUAGUAAAAGAUGUAUGCCGAGCCACUUCUGCAGCUCCCACCUAUUUCCCACUUCACUAUUUUGAGACUCAAGAUGAACAUGGAAAGACACACCAUUUUGAUCUUGUUGAUGGAGGGCUAGCGGCAAAUAAUCCACUGCAGAACAUCGGGAAGGGUUUAAUGGUAGAUUCUGUAGUGCUUAUGGGUAAGAACACCAUGAUAAAAAGGAGUGUAAGGAUUCACGUUGAGAAGACUCUCGAAUGGAGAUCUGAAGAUAACUCUGACUUCAGAUCUGCUACCGGAAUGUCUACCAUUGGGGGAACUACGUUCAGCAUCUGA